AUGGCUUCGUCACAGGCAGGCCAAGUCGCGACGGCGGCGGCAACUGCCCUCAUUGCCGGACUGGGCCUCAACUCCUACUUCGGCAUCAGCAAAGACAUCACGCAGAUUCGCUUCAACAAGCAAUUCAACAAGCUCCUGACCGCCCACAUCCAGCGAGCUGGACCUCAAGCAACAUGUCUCUACCGACUGCUCGAGCUCGCCGAUCCUCAUGCGGACGCUGUCUUUUUCGAAGGUCGCAGCUGGACCUAUGCCGCGAUGAAGCGUGAGGUUGCAGCUAUUGCGCUUGGCCUUCGGUCUCAAGGUGUCAAGAAUAACGACGUAGUGGGCGUCUUCAUGACCAACUCGCCCGAGAUGCUGUUCACCAUUCACGCUCUGUCCAAACUUGGCGCGAUCCCUGCUCUCAUGAACAGCAACCUCCGCGACGACACUCUGCUUCAUUGUGUGCAGGUUGCCGACAGUAAUAUGGUGAUCAGCACACCAGACAUUGCGACACAUGCUGCCAACGCUGCUUCCAGGGUCAAGUCUGGCUCCGACCAAGUUCGUGUCUUCAGCUUGAACCUGGGCUCCUUUACUGCUGGAGGGGACACCGGCUCCGCCGAGAUGUUCCCAUAUCCUUCUGGCCCAAUCAUCGACGACAUCACAACACCUCCCAAAACGAUGGCCGACCGUGCAGCCUUCAUCUUCACCUCCGGUACAACCGGCAAGCCGAAAGCUUGCAGCGUCAAGAAUGCUCUCAUGAUGGUCACCUCGUGCCCCUCACCCUGGGACCAACCUGGCGAGUACGGCGUCAGAGACUCGAGGUAUCCACCAAUGCGUGUCUUUUCAUGCAUGCCGAUGUUCCACGGCACGACGUUCUUCACAGGCGUGAACCAGGCUGUUGGGAGUUCAGGCUGCUUCUGCAUCUCACGCAAGUUCAGUGCGAGGAACUACUGGCAGGAAGUCACAGCGGCGCGUGCGGACCGGAUUCUGUAUGUUGGCGAAUUAUGCCGGUUUCUGCUGGCCACACCGGAAGGCGAGUAUGAUCGGAAGCAUAACGUCAAGGUGGCUAGUGGAAAUGGUCUGCAGCGGGAUGUAUGGGUUGCAUUUCAGAAGCGCUUUGGCGUGGAAGAGAUCAGAGAGUUCUACCGGAGUACGGAAGGCUUGGUCAAGUAUGAUAAUCGGCACUUCCAGAGGCAGGGUUACACAGGAGCGGGACGCGUAGGGUACCGUGGGACACUUUUGAGAAAGCGGGAGGUCAAGGAACAGGCCAUCCUGAGAUUCGACUAUGAUUCUGAAGAGCCUGUAAGGGAUCCUCAGACCGGCUUCUGUAUAGUGGCGGACAGAGAUGAGCCAGGCGAAGCGGUUGCGAAGAUCGCGAGUAUGGCCACCUAUACGGACUAUCACAACAACGCUGAGGCGACAGAGAAGAAGCUUUUGAGGAAUGUCUUCGAAAAGGGCGAUGUCUGGCAGCGCUCAGGAGAUCUGCUGGUUGUGCAAAAUGACGGCUGGGUGAGAUUCGUGGACCGGAUAGGCGACACCUUCCGAUGGAAGGGCGAGAAUGUGUCAGCUGGAGAGAUCAGAGCGUUUAUCUCGGAUUUCGACGAGGUCCAGGACGCAGUGGUCGUCGGAAAGGUGCUGAAAGGAUAUGAUGGGCAAGCUGGCGUGGCUGCUUUGAGCUUAUUGUGUACGACCAGAGAAGAGGAGGCGCUAUUUAUGGAUGGGCUGUAUCCUCGGCUGAAGGCAAAGGGUGUGCCACACUAUGCCUUCCCGAGGCUGGUGGCCAUCACGGACGAGGUGAAGGUAGGGGACACAUUCAAGCACGCAAAGCAGAUCGUGAAAGCCUUGCUCUGGUCGGACGUUUCCGAUGGCAAGAAGUAUUGGCUCGAUGUGAAAGGCGAACGAUAUGUGCCGUUGAACGAGAUGAGCUGGGCAGAUAUCGACGGUGGGAGAGCAAAGCUGUGA